AUGGCGCGCGUCGGGUCGAGGCGGAGCGUGGAAUCGAGGAAGAAGAUCGCGCGGGCGCAGCGCGAGCGAUGGCGGAACGCGCGAUUGGCGGACGCGGCGGCGGCGGAGGCGCGCGCGGAGGGCGCGAACGACGGCGGGGCGUUCGCGAAGGAGACGACGGAGAGCGCGUCGAAGGCGCGCACGGCGAGGAUGACGAAACUGAUCGCGAUGAAGAAGUCGAACACGCGGGCGGAGAAAAUCGCGGCGUCGAGCGUCAAGGUGAAUCAAUUCUCGUACGAGCUGAGCGCGUAUAAUAAGCUCAAAUCGGAGCUCGCGAGCUGGAGCGAGGGAUUUGAAAAGGCCAAGGGACGGAAACCUACGUUUAAGGAUGUGCAGAACACGCGCAUUCCGUGGUUGAUCGAUUCGUUCCAGGAGUACGUUCGCCUGCGGAACAAGCUCAUCGCGGAGACGCCGAACAUUCGAGGAGACGUGGGCAAGUUAGCCAAGCAGACGCUCCCAUCGCCCAGAUCCGUGCCUUCGGGAGGUGAAUUUAGACUUUCGUUCGACGAGGGCGAGGACGAAAACGACGACGGCGAGGGUAGCUCGCCGUUCUCAAUCUUCAACUUUAGAUAG